AUCAAUAUUUAUCCUAAAAUAUAUUUUAAUUCAGAAAAUAUCAAACAGAAAAUGUCUUACAUAAUGAAUUAAAUAUUUGUUAUACUUGAUUUAGAAGAUUAAAAUAGAAACAUACGACUACGUAUUUGACACCAGAUUUAAGAAGAAUACAAAUUUGAAUUAGGAGAAUAAUUUGAGUUAAUACUUGGAAUAGCGAGGCGUACCAGAAAACAAUCCACACUCAAGACAUACACAAAAAUACAAACCAGCCAUGGUGGACUACUACCGUGUGCUCGAAGUUUCAAAGGGUGCAUCCACAUCUGAAAUUAAAAAAGCAUACAGAAAAUUGGCAUUAAAAUGGCAUCCAGACAAAAAUCCAGACAAUCCAGAUGAAGCAAAUAAAAAAUUCAAAGAAAUUUCCGAGGCAUAUGAAGUACUUUCAGAUGAAUCGAAACGGAAAUUAUAUGAUGUGAACAAGCAACGCAGAUCCCAGGAUCGUCAUCACCAUAACUUCACACACCAGCAUCAACGUCCUUUCAGGGGUUUCUUUGAAUCGACGUCCCCCUUUCAUCGAUAUUUCUUUGAUAAAAAGAGGCGUAUUUAUGACCAAUAUGGCAAAGAAGGUUUAAUUGGCAACACAGGCGGCAGUCGAUCAAGAAACUCAAGAUACGACGAAGAUUAUGAUGUACAAUUUGGAUAUCCAUUUGUAUUCCGUGAUCCCGAAGAUGUAUUCAGAGAAUUCUUUGGUGAUUCUCCGCUUGCUGAUUUAUUCCCAGGCAUGAAUGGUCAUGGUCGUCAACGCCGUGGCGGUAAUUCAAGACAUUCUCAUCCAUCAAAUACAAUAGCAUCACAGUUCUUUAGUCCAUUAGGACUUGGAUUCGACAUGAAUGACUUUUUCGGUUCAGGAGGCGGUGCUGGAGGUGGUUUUACAUCAUUCUCAUCGUUCAGUUCGGGUUUCAGUGGACCAAGUGGUGCAGCCGUUAAGCGCACUUCCACAUCAACGAGAUUUAUAAAUGGCAAAAAGAUAACCACCAAAAAGGUCAUAGAAAAUGGUAAAGAAACUGUGAUGUCGUACGAGAAUGAUGUUCUCACCUCAAAGACUGUAAACGGCGUUCCUCAAUCAAUUACGUAUAGUUAAAUUUUUUAAUUUAAAA